AUGAUAGCACUCAAUAUCUUUAAGUCUGCUUCUGGAUUUGCUUCUCUUUUUCAAAAACGUGGAAUGCAUUCUCUUCAAAAUACCCUUCUCUUUGAACUUUUAAGGGAAAAUGCUAAUUACAAUAAUGAGGACGAUGGAAAGCACCAAAUGGCUAGUAGACUUCGUUCUAAGAAGGUCCUAAUUGUGCUUGAUGACAUAGAUGAUAAAGAUCAUUAUUUGGAGUAUUUAGCAGGUGAUCUUGAUUGGUUUGGUAAUGGCAGUAGAAUUAUUGUAACAACUAGAGACAAGCAUUUGAUUGGGAAGAAUGAUAUAAUAUAUGAAGUGACUGCACUACCUGAUCAUGAAGCCAUUCAAUUGUUCUAUCAACAUGCUUUCAAAAAAGAGGUUCCAGAUGAGUGUUUUAAGGAGCUUUCAUUGGAGGUAGUAAAUCAUGCUAAAGGCCUUCCUUUAGCCCUCAAAGUGUGGGGUUCUUCCUUACAUAAGAGGGAUAUAACUGUGUGGAAAAGUGCUAUAGAGCAAAUGAAAAUUAAUCCUAAUUCAAAAAUUGUUGAAAAGCUGAAAAUUAGUUAUGAUGGAUUAGAGUCCAUGCAACAAGAGAUGUUCCUAGAUAUAGCAUGCUUCUUCCGAGGGAGACAAAAAGAUUACAUCAUGCAAGUUCUCAAGAGUUGUCAUUUUGGAGCUGAAUAUGGAUUGGAUGUCUUAAUUGAAAAAUCUCUUGUGUUCAUCUCUGAAUAUAAUCAGGUUGAAAUGCAUGACUUAAUACAGGAUAUGGGUAAAUAUAUAGUGAAUUUUAAAAAAGAUCCUGGAGAACGUAGCAGACUAUGGCUCGCCGAGGAUGUCGAAGAAGUGAUGAACAACAAUGCAGGGACCAUGUCAGUGGAAGUAAUUUGGGUUCAUUAUGAUUUUGGCCUAUACUUUAGCAAUGAUGCCAUGAAAAAUAUGAAAAGGCUUAGGAUAUUACACAUAAAGAGGUAUCUGUCCAGUACUAGCCAUGAUGGUUCCAUUGAGUAUCUGCCCAACAACUUGCGUUGGUUUGUCUUGGAUGACUAUCCUUGGGAGUCAUUGCCAUCUACAUUUGAUCUCAAAAUGCUUGUUCACCUUGAACUCUCGCGUAGUUCACUGCAUUAUUUAUGGAUGGAAACAAAGCAUUUGCCGUCUCUACGGACGAUAAAUCUCACGGGCUCUGAAAGCCUGAUGCGAACACCAGAUUUCACGGGGAUGCCAAAUUUGGAGUAUUUGGAUCUGUCUUUUUGUUUUAAUCUUGAAGAGGUUCACCAUUCCUUGGGAUGUUGCAGCAAACUCAUUCGGUUAGAUUUGAGGGGGUGUCAAAGCCUUGAGAGGUUUCCAUGUGUUAACGUGGAAUCUCUUCAGCAUUUGGAUUUACCAGGUUGCUCAAGUUUAGAGAAAUUUCCAGAAUUCCGCGGGAGAAUGAAGCUGGAGACACCGAUUCACAUGAGAUCUGGGAUAAGUGAACUACCAUCAUCUAGUUUUCACUACCAGACUCGUAUUACCUGCCUAGAUUUGAGCGAUAUGGAAAACCUUGUAGUUCUUCCAAGCAGCAUCUGUAGGCUGAAAAGUUUGGUUCAAUUAUAUGUGUCUGAUUGCUCAAGCCUGGAAAGUUUGCCAGAAGAGAUAGGGGAUUUAGACAACUUGGAGGUGCUUUAUGCCAGUGAUACUCUAAUUUCACGACCUCCGUCUUCCAUCGUACGCUUGAACAAACUUAACAGCUUGAGCUUUAGGUGCUCCGGAGACAUCGAAGUGCACUUUGAGUUCCCUCCAGUGGCUGAAGGAUUAUGGUCAUUGAAAGAUCUGGAUCUCAGUUACUGCAAUCUAAUAGAUGGAGGACUUCCGGAAGACAUUGGAUCCUUAUCCUCUUUAAAAUAUUUGAAUCUCAAUGGAAAUAAUUUUGAGCAUUUGCCUCGAAGCAUAGCCCAACUUGGUGCUCUUCGAUCCUUAGACUUAUCAUAUUGCGAGAGGCUUACACAGCUACCAGAAAUUCCCCCUGAAUUAAAUGAAUUGCAUGUAGAUUGUCAUAUGGCUAUGAAAUUUAUCCAUGAUUUAGUAACAAAGAGAAAGAAACUACAGAGGGUGAAACUUGAUGAUGCACGCAAUGAUUCUAUAUAUAAUUUGUUUACUCAUGUCCUGUUUCAGAAUAUCUCUUCCUUAAGGCAUGACAUCUCUGCUUCAGAUUCCUUGUCCGAAAGUGUGUUUACCAUUGUGCAUCCUUAUAAUAAGAUCCCAAAUUGGUUCCUCCAACAAGGAAGGGAUAGAAGUGUAUCAGUCAAUUUGCCUGAAAAUUGGUACAUACCUGAUAAAUUCUUGGGAUUUGCUCUAUGUUACGAUGGCAUCUUAAUUGACACCAUAGCUCAAUUGAUUCCCGUAUGUGAUGACGGGAUGUCGUGGAUGACCCGGAAACUUGCUUUAUCCAACCAUUCAGAAUGUGAUACAGAAUCAUCCGACAAUUCAGUAAAGGAUAUACAUUUCUUCGCUACAUUUUUUGAUAUUCAUUUUUUGUUGGUACCUCUUGCUGUCUUAUGGGAUACAUCUAAGGCAAAUGGAAAAACACCAAAUGACUAUGGAGUUAUUAGGCUAUCUUUUUCUGGAGAAAUGAAGGAGUAUGGACUUCGUUUGUUGUAUAAAGAAGAAGCUGAGGCUGAGGCCUUGUCACAAAUGAGGGAAAAUAACAAUGAACCAACAGAUCAUUCCACUGGCAUAAGGAGGACCCGAUAUAACAAUAGUGAACAUCAUUACUCGGUGACCAAUGAAGCCAGUUCCUCCUCCUCUUCUAAGAAACAACGGUCACAUUUCUAAUAUUCGUUGGAUUUUAGCUCAAAUACUGUUGAUAUCAGUAAAGGCACGCUUAAAGAUCGCUUAAGUCCCGAAGUGAGGCGCAAAACAUGUUGAGCGCUUCGCCUCGCUUAGAUGGCUCUUCAGUGUCGUCAUCAAGGCUCUAAGGUAUAUUUUUCCUUGACAAUGAGCGUAACCCUGAAGAGGCUACACCAAAUAAUUAAUAUUUCACUUAUCGUAAUUCUUUUUUUCCAAUUUCUGUGUCCAUAUAUUUGUUAUUCAUGCGUAUAAUUAUUAAUGUUGGACUGCACCUACAUAUUUGUGUUUUUUUCUCCGUUUGUGCCUUUCUUCAAUAUAAAGCCCCCGCUUUAUUUGCGCUUAAACCCCAACGGACCUUAGAGCUCUUUUACACUUUUC